AUGUCUAGAUUUCUAAAGCCAUUACAAGAGUUCGUUGCCUCCAAGGCAGAUUUCAGGAUUGUAUACUCCACUGCCUCAUCAUCAUCAUCCUCAGAUACCCCUGAGUUUGUCAACAAUUCUACGCAACGUAUUUGCGUGCUUGACUCAUCAUUUAAUCCUCCACAUUUAGCACAUUAUGCUAUCAUCGAAGAGCUGUUAAAGUCAAACUACGAUGGAAUCCCAAUCAAGAAUAAAGUGUUACUUCUUUUGCUUUCGGUGCAGAAUGCCGACAAGGUACACCCACAACCUGAGCCAUUCGACCAACGAUUGGAGUUGAUUAGCUUGAUGGCGGAUCAUAUUGCCGCUAAUAUUCCCAUCACAGUUGCAAUUGGACUAACCAAGCAAGCGAUGUUUGUGAACAAGUCGUUAUCGAUUUUGAACUACCUUGAUGCACAACAGCAACAAACAGUUCAACCGGGAUUCAAGUUGACGUUUUUAAUCGGGUUUGAUACUUUGAUUAGGAUACUCAAUCCGAAAUAUUACUUGCCGGACAAGUUGUCAGUCUCAUUGGAACAUUUCAUGAAAAUGACGGAUUUGGUGUGUUUAACAAGACACAGUGAGACGGUUACUAUAAAUCAACAACUGGUUUAUGUCAAAGAAAUUUCGCUUGGACAACACGAAGAAAUCCCUAGUCAUUGGUCGAAGAAUAUCUUUAUAUUGAGAAAUAUGAAUGACGAAGUGGCUACGUUUAGUAGUUCAGGUAUAAGAAAAGAAAUCGAACUGGGAAACCCGGAAUGGAAGAAGCAAGUUUUGCCAGAAGUUGCUGAGUACAUUGAAGAGCAUAAUCUUUACAAAGAGAAGGAAGCUUUGGAGAAAACAUAA